AUGCAGACUCCCAUCGCCGUCGAGUCCCCUCAACAUAUCCCCGACAUGUCGUCUCGUCCUGUCCUCGCUGAUCGCCAGUGCAUGCAACAUCCCGACUCUGGAAAGAAGGCCCAUCCAGAGCAUGUCAUGCCGCGUGGUCGCAGCUUCCAUGGGUCUCGGAACCUCACCCCAGCGCAAGCCGCACAGGAUGGAUUCCAUCACCGUUUGGCUGCCAAGAUGUUGGCAGAGAAGAAAAAGAAAGCAGUGGCUGCCCAGUCUGACAGACAAGCCCUUGAUACACGCGAUGUUGACAAGGAGGCCGAGCCCACGGAUGUCAUCAACAUAACAGUAGACGCGAAGGGAGUCAUGAUUGACAGCGCCAAGGGUACCACUCAAGGCAUGGGCGGCAGAUCCAACUCUCGAUCCCGCAUGACUAGAUCGACGUCUAAGUCCCGCAACUCCUUCCGUCGUGCCGAUGACAAGGAGAAUAUCACCGCUGAUGUACCCAGCUUCAAAGCGGUUGAAGCUGAUGUUGCUGCAUAUUUUGGUCGAAAACGUUCUGUUGAUCUCUCCCGCCGUAAGAGGGACACUGAAAAUGAUAACUUGAGCUCCUGGGAUGGUUCUAUGCCGAAGCGCCAGAGCAGCCGCAGUUUCAUAGAUCGCAAGGUCGGAACCAAGACCUCUGCCACUCAGAACGGCGAGGCGGAAGCUCGAGUAAUGUCUUUGGCGCCACCGAGUGACACAGAUGUCAACGACAGGCCGCGUCGUCGUCGCAGUCAGAAGUUGGCAGCAUUGAAGAAAUCUCUUGAAGAAGAGGGCACGAAGAUCGAAGCCUUGAAGCAACAAUUUUCUGCAGUCGACCUCAACGGUACAUAUCAGAACAACCCAUCCGACGAAGACAUCACUGGCAAGCAGAACAGCCAAACGACUAUCAGGGCAGAUGCGCGACUAGAAGCUCAGGCCAACACUCCACUGUCAGGUAUUCGUAGCCUCCAAGCUGGCGGGUGUGUGAAGAUUCGUAGAGAGAUGAACGCUGGAAAUGAGGCGAUAUCGCGAGGCGUCCAUUCUGUUCGAGCUGAAGAAUGCCCCGACAGGAACGGGAGAGAGGUUCCCGCAAGCGGAAAGUGGUGUGACGAUUGUGCCGGGUUAGGUCUCCACAUUGCGGCGCUUCUGUCCCAAUUGGACAAAGCUCGGUCGACGACUGACAGCUCAUCAGAAGGGUCCUCAUCGAGCUGCAAUUCCAAGAAGGGGUGGAAGAGCAUGGUGACGCAAACGAUGCUGGGCGACAGUAAGAGCAAGAGCAGCACAGAGAAAGCUCGUCUUCAACAGGAAAUUAAUGUUUUGAAGGCUACUGUCGACUUUUUGUACAAGAAAGUAGAGACGCUGGGAAGCGGUCGUAGAGUUGGUGAAGGUUCAGCCUCGUGA